AUGACGAUCGCCGGUAUGUGCUUCCCUAUGCGUUCGCCGUGGGAUCAUCCAAUGGAUCGCUGCUUCCGAUUUUUUCCAUGCCUCGCGGAUCCUGGUCGAAGGUCUUCGUUGUGCUUGAAGUUGGCCUUAGUGGCGAUCCACCUUACUUAUGCCGGCGUGCUCUUCUUGUUUGAUGGGGAUUUGAUAGAAAAGACCAAGAAGGAACCGUGGUACACUGCUUUAUACUUGCUGCUGUUCGUUGUUACUUUAAUUCAAUACUUUGCUACCUCUGUUUCUUCUCCAGGCUACGUUAUUGAUGCCAUGAUGACUGUUAAGGAUAGAAAUGUAGUAUACAGAAAGUCAGACCCACCCAGUCAAUCGGCCUCAAGCAGAAAUGGGAGUUUUGUUGUUCCCAUGGAGGCAAAUCAAUUGGGAAGAAAUCUUUCAGGAAGCAGUUUAACAUCUUGGUCAAAGUUGGUGGCGGACUUGUAUCCUUUGGGGUCAUCAAUCAGAACAUGGACAUGCACCUACUGCAAUGUGGAGCAGCCUCCACGAGCUAAGCAUUGUCAUGAUUGUGACAAGUGUGUUCUUCAGUUUGAUCAUCAUUGUGUUUGGCUUGGUAACUGCAUUGGCCAGGGUAAUCACUGUAAAUUUUGGUGGUAUCUGUUUGAAGAGACAGCUUUGUGCCUUUGGACUGGCUUCUUGUAUAUUUCAUACCUGAAGGCUCACAUUACUAGGGUUUGGUGGCAGGAUGCUAUCGUGAUACUACUCUUGAUCAUUCUGUCAGUUUGUCUCAUCUUUCUUCUCCUCUUACUGCUAUUUCAUAGCUAUCUUAUUUUAACAAAUCAGACUACCUUUGAACUUGUAAGGAGAAGACGGAUUCACUAUCUAAGGGGAAUUCCGGAAAGAGUGCAUCCAUUCAGUACUGGAGUUCGAAGAAAUGUAUACAACUUCUGCUGUGCGAGGAGCGCCGUUUACAGAUUCGAACCAUUGCCUACCUCUCAAGAGAUAGAAGAAAAAUCAAGGCCGUACACAUGCUUAGAUGCUUUAACAUGUCGAUGUUGCUGA